AUGGAAGGCUUCCGACUCGGCGCAUGGAUUGCGCGCAUCUUCCAGCUCAUCUCCGCCGCCGUCAUCAUCGGGUGCAACAAUGCACUCGGUCGCUACCCAUCCUCCACCCGCUUCUCCAUCUUCGUCGGCGCCUUGGGCAUCCUCGAUUCGCUUCUCGGCAUGGCCGCUCUGGUCUUUGCUCGCGAAGCCACCUACAUCAUGCUCGCGAUCGAUGCGCUUGCCGCCAUCUUCUACUUCGCGGGCGGUACCAACCUCGCCGUCCUCUACUCCGACUCGACCAAGCGCCAUCCCUUCGUCAAUUGCAACUCGCUGGAUCCGGACUUCCUUUGCGGACGCAGCUCUCGGGUCGAAGCGAACAUCACAUUCCACUUCAUCGGCCUCAUCGCUACCCUGGCCGCCGUGGCUCUGGUGCUCCUCCUGCGCCGCUCCUCCGGUCGCAGCUCAUACCACAAAUUCAACGUCAGCGCUAGCGACAUGCCACCCACAAGCGGCAUGAUCCUGCAACGACUUCAACAUACUCAUAACUUCACGAUUCUCCGCCAGAUCGUUGCACUCAUCUCGAGGCAGCAGAGCGACGCCUUUUGUGGACCUCGCCUUGACCAGCUAAUCAUCCCUUCUACGUUCCUUUGCGCAAGCGUAGUAAUCGCCCUAUCUUCGUGGCUCUACUGGCGCGUUGAAAAGCAGCUCGACGAAUGUGCCGCGGCUGGCUACCGCUGUGCGUCUGGUCGAUUCCCGCCGUCUCUCAUCUACUCCAUCUUCGCGGGCGCAUUCGGGAUGCUGGACUUCGCGGUCGGUGCACUGGACAUGUGGUUUGACGUGCAUGUUCUGGUGGUCGUGGCGUUUGAUGUGCUGGCUGCUUGUUUUUAUGUUGCUGGCGGGAUUAAUCUCAUAGUGCUCUACCACACCCAGGACAACAUCCGCGACACGAAAUUCGAAAUUGAUACAGGGUUUCAGUUCAUCGGAGGGAUUGUGAGUUUGCUUACGGCAUAUUUGAUCGGGAAUUGGGCGCGGAUGGAUCGAAAGAGGGCGAGACCUGCGAUGAGCAGACGCAACGUCGAGUUCGGCCUCGAGGUCUUCCAGAAGAGCCACGCGAAUCUCCCAACGAUUGUUAAGAACAGCCAUGGUAUUUUCAAGAUGGCUGGUUCGUGUAGCCAGCGCGAUGAGGGAGUCCUGUGUAGUACUGCGGAUGCCAUCGUCAGAGCUGCGAAAGACCUCGAUCGCGGUUUCCAAGAGGCUCAUUUCCGCAGCCCACGCCUGGGAAGUUGUGUUGAGGACUUGCUCGUCUUGGUCAACGAGUAUCCGCAUGUCGACGACUGCAUCGUAUGCGUGAUCGUACUGGACCAUGCAGCGCUCGGCGCGAGCAAUUGCAGCUGGAUUGACCAUGUCGAUGUUGUUUGA